AUGUUGUUUUUGGCGGGGGGCUAUUGCAGGGACAGGAGGAAGAGCUCCUGCAGCCGUGAGAACGGGAGUACGGAGAGGUGUCAGAGCAUGAUGAUGAGGAGCUUCCGUCACCCAACUUGUGGGCCUCUUGGACGAGGGCUUCUCGGCUUCAUUGCAGGUCUUCCUUGCUCAGGAGCAAGCCAGGUGGUGGUGCUGAGGCCUCCAAACCAGGAAGCCACUGCAGCAGUGGAGGAGGAGGAAAGGGCCUUCGAGCGCCGUAAGCAGAUGUGGAGGGAACGUCUGAGGCCCUGGUUUCUGGACACAUCGACGGCAGCAGAAGCAACAUCCAGCCAGGCAUCCUUUCCUUGUCUGCUGACCCCUGUGCUGAUCCCCAGCCCCGCACCUCCAGUGCGACCCCCAGGAGGGGACCAAUUGUCUUAUUUCAUUAUAAAAUGUAUCGAAAAAAUAGUCUCUGAACUUGUCCUUAUCGUUCAAGUGUUAAUUGCCAUUUUUCUCUUUGUCAACUCCCUCAUGAUUUUUACCUUCUUUAAAAAAGCAGCCUUUUUCACCAACACGCGGUACAUCUUCUUUGCUCAUACACUUCUCUGUGAUAGUAUUUUUUUGGCUUUGACAGAUGCAUUGCUUGUAAUGAGUUACUCCAGGGCACCAAUGAAAGGUGGGCUGUGUAUAUUUCUGGUGAUUAUCUUAGAAAACCUGACAAUUGCCACACCACUGACACUAACAGCCAUGAGCCUGGAGCGUUAUGUGGCGAUUUGCAUGCCUCUGCGGCACAGUGAACUCUCCACCCCGAUGAGGGCCAUCUACAGCAUCCUACUUAUCCAGGCUCUCAGCUCUGUUAUUUGGAUCAUCAUGAUUUCCAUCCUCUUCUCAGCGGUGUCUCUGAGGUUCUACACCAAUCCUCUAAUCUGCAGUUUGGAGCAGAUGAUUGUCUUCGCAUGGCAGGGGCAUCUCAGCUCAGCUCUGUAUCAGUUGUACUUCCUAGUCAUGUCUCUGGUCAUAGCGUUUACCUAUGUAAAGAUCAUGGUGGCGGCCAGGGCUGCCUCAUCAGAGAGAAAGACAUCCACCAAUAAGGGCCUGAGGACAGUUAUUCUCCAUGGCUUCCAGCUUCUCCUUUGUUUAAUCCAGUUCUUGUGUCCUCUGAUAGAAUCGAUAGUAAUGAAGAUCAAUAUGAAUCUGUUUAUAGAGCUUAGGUACUUUGAUUAUAUAUGUUUUAUUCUUGCCCCUCGAUGUCUGUGUCCACUUGUAUAUGGAUUAAGAGAUAAGGAUUUUAUGGUGGUUCUGAAAUAUUAUGCCCUGUUUGGAUGUUCUAAGAUUGUUUUUGUUUUUAAUAUGGACAAGCCUAAUCCUAAAUGGAGAAAGAAAAUCACAGCUGUACGGGACAGGAGGAAGAGCUCCUGCAGCCGUGAGAACGGGAGUACGGAGAGGUGUCAGAGCAUGAUGAUGAGGAGCUUCCGUCACCCAACUUGUGGGCCUCUUGGACGAGGGCUUCUCGGCUUCUUUGCAGGGCUUCCUUGCUCAGCCUCUGGAGGAGCAAGCCAGGUGGUGGUGCUGAGGCCUCCAAACCAGGAAGCCACUGCAGCAGUGGAGGAGGAGGAAGGGGCCUUCGAGCGCCCCCUGCACCUCCAGUGCGACCCCCAGGAGGGGUGGGACGAUGAGCUUGUACCGCCUCUGAAGUAG